AUGUUCUACCGGCGCGGCAUGGACGACCUGAUCUACACGCAUCUCUCGGUGCGGAUUCCCGACAGGCGCGACCGCUACCUCUUCAUCGGCUUCGGCCAGCUCUUCGACGAUGUGACGGCAUCCAGCCUGAUGACCGUCGAUAUCGAGGGCAGCAACGUCGGACGGACGCCGGGGGAGGUCAAUCCGGCAGGCUGGGUGGUGCACCGGACCGUCUUCGAGGCGGUGCCGGAGGCCGAGAGCGUGAUGCACCUCCACACGGUGCCAGGCGUCGCCGUCUCGGCGCAGAAGGGCGGGCUGCUGCCGAUCAACCAGUUCGCGAUCACCCAUGCCGGCCGGAUCGCCUACCACGACUAUGACGGCCCCGGUCUCAGGCCGGCCGAGCAGAAGACCCUGAUUCGCGACCUCGGCGACAAGCGGAUGAUGUUCCUGCGCAACCACGGCACACUGACCUGGGGGCGCUCGAUCGCCGAGGCGUUUACCCUGAUGCACUAUCUGGAGCGCACCUGCGAAAUCCAGAUUGCGGCCCAGGCGGGCGGCCAGCCGGUGCUGCCGCCAAAGUCCGUCAUCGAGCGGACGGCGGCAAUCGGCCAGGGAACCGGCAACGUGGAAUGGGCCAGGAUCGGCUUCGAGGCGCUGCUGCGCCGCCUCGACCGGGAGGAUCCAUCUUACCGGCGCUAG